AUGGAAGCUCCAGUGAGGCAACAGAGCUUCAGUGAGAAGAAGAUGACUAAGCAGUUAACAGGAAAACGUGAAGACACUCCCUUGCACUUGGCAGCAAGGCAAGGAAAUUUGGGAUUGGUCAUAGAAAUCAUCUCUAACUGUGGGGAGGCGGAUUUGAAUGAAGUGUUGUCGAAGCAGAAUCAUUCGGGUGAAACCGCCUUAUAUGUGGCAGCUGAAUGUGGUUAUGUUGAUUUGGUGAAGGAAAUGAUGAAAUACUAUGAUAUUGGUUCAGCUGGCAUCAAAGCUAGAAAUGGCUUUGAUGCAUUUCACAUUGCUUCCAAGCAAGGGAACUUCGAGGUGCUGAAGGUCCUCAUGGAGGCCAUUCCAGAGCUUUCGAUGACCGUUGAUCACUCAAACAGCACAGCAUUGCACACUGCUGCAGCACAGGGCCAUAUUGAAGUAGUUAAUUUCCUUUUGGAGACCGGUUGCAGCUUGGUGUCCAUAGCACAACGCAAUGGGAAAACUGCCUUGCAUUCUGCAGCAAGGAAAGGGCAUUUGGAGGUGGUCAAGGCCCUUUUGAGUAAAGAAACUGGAAUUGCAACAAGAAAUGAUAAGAAGGGGCAGACAGCUCUCCAUAUGGCAGUCAAGGGACGGAAUGUUGAGCUGGUAAAUGAGCUAGCGAAGGCAGAUCCUUCCUUGAUAAACGUGGUCGAUAACAAGGGCAACACUGCCUUGCACAUAGCAACCCAGAAAGCUCUAGUUGAGAUUGUGCGGGUGCUGUUAAGUUAUAAGGGAGUGGCCGAAACCACCAUUAACAAAUCUGGAGAAACUGCUCUUGACACUGCAGAGAGAUCGGGGCACUCACUGAUCGCUGCUAUUCUAGUAGAGCAUGGCAUUGAAAGUGCCAAAUCCAUCAAGCCACCAACUUUAAACACAAACCGUGAACUUAAACAAACUGUAAGUGAAAUAAAACAUGAGGUGCAUGACCAGCUUAAGCACACAAGACAAACACGAAAGCAAGUGCAUGGUAUGGUAAAGCGGCUCAGCAAAAUGCAUUCAGAGGGACUAAAUAAUGCAAUAAACUCCACCACAGUUGUGGCUGUCCUCAUUGCCACUGUUGCCUUUGCUGCAAUAUUCACUCUCCCGGGCCAGUACCCUAAACCCCCUGAAAAAGCUCCUCCCGGAAAUAUUGCCCUCGAAGAAGCCCCUCCUGGGUACUCCCCUGGAGAAGCAAAUAUUGCCCCCAGAACAGAGUUUGUAGUCUUCUUUAUCUUUGACUCUUUUGCUCUCUUCAUAUCAUUGGCUGUUGUGGUGGUUCAAACUUCAAUUGUUGUUAUAGAGAGGAAGGCAAAGGAGAAACUGAUGACAGUCAUAAACAAGCUAAUGUGGAUGGCUUGUGUGAUGGUUUCAGUGGCAUUUCUUGCACUGUCAUGUAUAAUUGUGGGAGAAGAGAAAUGGUUGGCUGUUGGAGUAACAGCUAUAGGGACAGUGAUUAUGGGGACGACAUUGGGAACAAUGUGUUAUUGGAUGAUUGCGCAGCGAGUCGAAGCUUCUAAAAUGCGUAGCAGCACUAGGAGGUCAUCGAUGAGCAGCUGGUCACACUCACACUCGUGUUCUUUCUCGGUGAUGUCAGAUUCUGAGCUUCUCAACACUCAGUUUAAGAGCAAGAAAGUCUAUGCAAUUUGA